GAAGUGAAAUCUAAACAGUACUAGACAAAUGGAUUUCCAGAGGGGUAUAAUUUAUGUCAGAAUGCAAUGGGUGUGUUCUACUGCCUUAUUUUGGAUAGUUGAACAAGGCUGGGCUUCUGUCCCUCCAUCUGAAAAAGAAAUCUGCAAAGUGGAACGUGAAGGAAUUUACUACCAGCACCUGAAUUCCGGGCUUCUCUUCAACGGACUCCUUUUAUGAAAUGAACUUUGUUCCGAAACAAGUGUGUAAGUGGAAUUUCAGUUUACGGAUGACCUGGUUUAUGGAAAUAUGACUUAUUUGUUUACACAAAUGGUUCAAAUUCCAAAGUGCAGAGCUGUUCCUUGCUGAGGCGCCCCAGUCUGUAUCGAUCGUCCCGCUCGAAAACAGCACGAAAAAAGAAUAACCAGAAUCCAGAAAUACUGUACUCGCAGCAGGAAGCUCAAAGUCCCCCAAAACAAGUCCACAGCCUCGCUGUUCAAUCCUCGCAGCAUGGGACCCAAGGAUCCUCAACAGCAGCUAGCGAGAGGGAGAGGAAUUGGAAAUUAUUCAAGAACAGUCACAAUUAAUUCGCUAAGGGAAAGAUAUCUCCAACUGACUAACAAGAAAGAUGGUGAAGGGUGGCAGAUUUGAAUGGUCGACACAGAUUUUAGCAAGGCUUUUGACAAGAAUUACUUUAAUUGGAAUGUAAUAGUUCAUGGAUUUUGAUGGAAGGAGGCAAUAUGCAGAUAAUCACAUGGAACGUUGGUACCGCUGUGCCACCUGAUGACGUCUCGUCACUUUUGGGGUUAAAUUCGACGGAUGGAAGAAUUGAUAUGUAUGUCAUUGGUUUGCAGGAAGUGAAUUCCAUGAUCAAUAAAAGGCUAAAGGAUGCCAUCUUCACCGACCAAUGGAGCGAGCUCUUUAUGGACACUCUCAGUCGCUUUGGUUACGUGUUGGUGACCUCUGAGAGGAUGCAGGGGCAACUGCUCUUAGUGUUUGCCAAAUACUACCUCCUGCCAAGCCUGCAGGACAUCCAGACAGACUGCACCAGGACGGGUCUUGGUGGAUACUGGGGGAAUAAGGGAGCGGUCAGCGCCAGGCUGUCUCUGAGCGGCCACAUGAUUUGUUUCCUCAAUUGCCACUUGCCGGCUCACAUGGAGAACUCGGAGCAGCGGAUGGACGACUUUGAGAGCAUCCUGCAGCUGCAGCAGUUUAAUGGCCCCGCCGCCAGUGGAGUCCUCGACCAUGACAUUGUCUUCUGGUUCGGUGACCUGAACUUUCGGAUUGAGCAGUAUGAUAUUCGCUUCAUCAAAAAUGCCAUUGAGAAGAACAAGUUGGGUAUGCUGUGGGAGAAGGACCAGUUGAACAUUGCAAAGGUGAUUGAGCCUGCACUAAACGGAUUUCAGGAGGGACCUCUCAACUUCAGGCCAACGUACAAAUACGACGUGGGCACAAACACAUUUGACACCAGUUCUAAGAAGCGCAAGCCUGCCUGGACAGAUCGGAUUCUCUGGAGGGUGAAAGUGUCUGACUGCUACGACUCAUUGCAGAAUUCCCCGUUAUUGGCGAGGAAUAACUCUCCAGCCAGCAAAAGCAGCCACAUUGAGGUGUUCCAGCAUGCCUACCGUAGUCACAUGGAGUACCUCAUCAGCGACCACAAACCCGUUACUGCCAUUUUCUGCUUGAAGUUUGCCCAGAAACUUCAGGCUCCGUUGAUUCAGCUGCAGGUGGAGGAUGAAUGGAACAAGGCCUCGGAUGCGGUGGUCCGCUACAGGAUGGCAGACUCCUUCGCCAAGAGUUCGUGGGACUGGCUUGGCUUGUACAAGGUUGGCUUUAAGCAUCACAAAGAUUACAUAACAUACGUCUGGGCAAAGCACGAUGAAGUUGAUUCAGACAAACAAUGUUAUCAGGUCAUGUUCAGUGAGGAUUCCGUGCCAAAGGGCACCGGGGAGUACAUCCUGUGUUACUACAGCAACAAUUUCAACAGCAUUGUGGGAGUAACCGAGCCAUUCCAGAUAAUUCUGCCCUCCUCGAGUUCUAGUUCUAGCAAGUCCGACACCUCUGACUCCAGCUCCGACGGGGAGGAGAUGAGCACCUUGAAGUUGAUCCGCCCUAAAUCCCGCAGCCCUAGUCCGGGCAAAAUGAAGAAGGGGAGGAGCAGGAGCCGCAGCAAGAGCCCGGUCAUCCCAAUAGCCAGGAGCCUGCAAGGCCUCAACCUCCGAGUGGGCUCCAAGUCCAAGAGCAAAAGCCGCAGUCCUUCACCACGGGGGGACCAGGCGUCGAAAGCCAGGCAUCUCAAAGAGCCAGGAGCCAGAGCCGCCACGGGGAAUGGCCUGAAUCCUGAAGCUGCCCUUGGUGACGUGCCCUCACCAACAGGCCCAGCUGUGUUGAAACACUCAGCAGCUCAUGGGAAAGGUCAGACUGCUGCUGACACGGCUGCCGGCCGCACUGGGAGGCCUGCCAGCCAGGUUCUGCAUCCGCACGACAGCGACAGUGCUCAGCAUCCCCGCCUGUCUCCGAAACUCCCCCAGACACCUUCUGGGACUGGAGCGGUAGGUGCGAGGCAAGGCGAGGCAGGUCAUUCCUCGAGCAGCAAGAGCCUUCACUCCAGAUCGCCAAGUCCCAACGUUAGGGCCUCCAGUACUCACGACAGGCCAGAGGCUGGUGAAGGCCGGAGCACGGCAAAGACUUCAGAGAGAGGUGCUGGCAACCAGCAUACCAUGGCGUUUGGAGAAAGCAGUACAGGUCUGGAGCUGCAGCUGAAACCUGUCCAAUACCCAUCACCAAAAGCAACACUGAAAUAAAAGUUCGCUUUCCACUUUGACAGCUCAACAAAGCACAAACUGUAAUUGUUAUUCAUAGUUUAAAGAUGUGUAGAGCAAUCAGCUUUAUUUUUAUUGUGGAGUUGAGCUCCCACCUGAGUCUCUGGAACCAUUUGUGAAAUGUAAUUGAAAUGCGAGCCCUGCUCCUAGUUUCCUUUUUGCCUGUUCUUGCCUUCCUGCUGUAUGUACAAUACUAUCCAAAAGUCUUUGGCACAUGUAUGUAGCCCGGCAUGCCAAAGACUUUUGCACAGGACAAACUUUCGUCAACUUGGAGCAGAGAGCAAGUUUGUAAAUCUGACAAGAGCAAAGGAUGUUGGGAAUGGUGAGGCUGGAGUGUCGUGGGAGGGGUGUGGGACAGUUGGCAGAGGAAUGCCAGGGGCGGGAUGUGGCAUGGAUGUAGACACUCCCAGCCCGGAGGCACCAGGCAAGGUCAUUUGAUUCCAAACAAUUGGUUUAUUGAUCAUGACAGAAUGUGUCUCUGGGGCUUCCCGCUCCCUCCCCUCUCCCUUCCCCCUUUUCCCAAGCACGAUUCCCCUCUCCCUGCCCCCUUCCCACUCUCAGUCCACAACAGAGGCCCAGAUCAGAAUCAGGUUUAUCAUCACUCACAUACAUCAUGGUUUUUUUUGCAGAAGCAGUGCAGUGCAAUACAUAAAUUUACUGUUCAAAUGUCUUAAGGCACCCUGACUAUAUACAAUGUAUAUGUGCAUAAGAUGAUUGCACAAUACUGUAUGUUUCACGGAAGAAUGCAUUUGCGGGGGGAGGUCUUUUCUUUCUGGAUAAGAUGCUCCUACUGUGUGGUCCCUUUCAACCAGCAGAUGCCCCUUUGCAUCUUAUUGAUACAAACAUUGUGGCACCUUCUGUAACUAGACUGGGGUUAAAGUGAUGUCUUUGACACCUUUUCUAACUACUGUAGGAUUGGAGUUAAAGUGUAGAUGACAUCAUCGGCUCCCACUGUCAAUCUUUAGUGAUGGACCCCUGUGGGUCUGGGUAUGUGCCUUUGCUAUUCAGAGUCUUGAGUGAAAUCCACCUCACCAAGAUGUGGCCAACUUUCUGGCAGUCAGGUCGUCCCAGCGGAUUUAAAUGCCCAUCAGCCACCACUCCCGCCCCACUUGAAAUGUUCAAUCCAUUUGGUAAGCCUGUCAAAUUCAUAAUUGCCAAAUAAAUAAUGGGGCAGCACGAUGGCACGGCGGUCAGCGAGAAUCGCUUUACAGAGGCAGUGAUCACCAAUCUAGGUUCGAUUCCCACUGCUGUCUGUAAGAAGUUUGUACGUUCUCCCCUUUUCCGCUUGGGUUUGCUCUGGUUACCCCCACCAACAUUCCAGAGACGUACAGUUAAGAUCAGGGUUAGUGAGCUGCAGGCUUGCCAAAAGUGUGGCAACCCUUGCAGACAGCCCCAAGCAAAAUCAUUCGACUAUGUUGGUCACUUAAGUGAAACGACACAUUUCACUGUACGAUUUGAUGUACAUCUGACAAAUAAACCUAAUCUAAUCUAAAUUAGGAUUUAAAUAAAACUUGGACUGUAUCUUCCAAGUUUUCCACUUUGCACAUGCAAUUUGUCCACAAAUUCUUUUUUUUUUUUCCCCCAGAUUCACCAGCAAAGCUGGUCUGUAUUAAAACCUCUUGUCAAUCUCCCUGGGCCCUCGUGUGGGUGGCUGCUAAGAUGAGUGUGCGGAGCAGUCCACUCACUCAUCCCCUCAUCACACUCAGGAGCCAGGUCUCUGCUUUGCCUGGCUAUUGACAACGGAGGAUCGUCCAAGAGAGAAUUAAAACUAUAGCAAAUGUGUACUUAGGCUUGACUGAUGUAGGAAAAAACAGAAAAUAGUCCUCAAAGAAAUGGAUAUUGCUACAUCGACCUUGUGUAAAAUAUUAUAAUUUAUUGCUCUGCUGUUUUUGUGAAUAUGUUGGCAGUAGUUGGUGUACAGUUCAAGGCACUGGAUGCCGUACCAGACUUCGUUGAUGAAGAUCGUCAGAAUUGAUUGACAUAAUUCUGAGAAAAGCAUGAACUCUUCAAUUGAACCAGGACUCCUCAGUAAAGAUAGGGAUUCUUCAACCUGGACAAAGUCUCUUUUGUAAUGAUGUACACCCGUUAUGUAUAAGAAUGCAUUGUUCUGUGCUCUAGGACACAACUGAAAAGCAAGCAGUAGAAAACUCUUGAGGAAUCAGCAAAAGAGAGUGACUUUUCUCACCCAUCGCUCACUGUUAUUCAGUAUUGUUGAACGACAUUGUUACUGGGCCCCAGUUAUACUGUGUACAACAUUCCAUCUGUGAUUUUUGCCCCACCCUCGGUUUGUGGAAAUCGGUAACCAUUUUCUGUCUAGUUUAUUGUGAAGUCUAGCAUCACUAGGAGAAUCAUUCUGACAGGAUUACUAAUUAGGGCCAAUGUUCCCUGCACCUCGAGGCAGUGCACAUAACAGGAAUUUUUUUUAAACUGUGAAGGCUUCAUAUGACAAUGAACUAUGGAUAUGAAGAAUUUAUUAAAUUUACUGGAUUCACUUUUGUUGUAGGCUUCCUACGUCCUGUACAUUUUGAGAUGUGGCUGGCUAGAAUUCCUGUGUGGGCGCGUUAUGUGCAAGUCUUCCCCCUCUGCCAUUGACUGAAGGCAGCUGAGAAACAUGGUGUACUCUGUGGAUGUAAACAUUUUCAUUCUGAUUUAACAAUAAAGUUUAGAGUAUAAUCUUCACAGAGAUUUUUGUGCAUAUUCUGAAUGGUUCAUGACAAAGUCCUGUUGGAGUCAAGUCAUUUUUGGAACAGUACAGCACAGAACAGAGGAUCUUUGGCGACGCUAUGAUUCAGUUGGAUUUGAAUGGAUGGCAGAGCAAACUCCAUAAGGUGAAUGGCCUUAUUCUGUGCCUAAGUCUUCUGGUCUUGUAUUUGUGCUAACCAAGCUUCCAAUUUCAACCAAUCUCAUUAUCAUGGGUCAUUAUCAUUAUGUGCUGUGUCAUAUGAUGUGGGCGAUUGUGGUCGCUUGGCAAAUUUUUCUACAGAAGUGGUUUGCCAUUGCCUUCUUCUGGACAGUGUCCUUACAAGACGGGUGAGCCCAGCUAACAAAAUGUUCCCUUCAACCCUGUGGGAAGCAAGUGCAGAAGUUUGUAGGGGCCCUAGCGGAGAUAUUCAAAUCAUCCUCAGCAACAGCUAAGGUAUAGGGAAGAUUGGAGGACAGCUAAUGUUGCUCUGCAGUUUAA